AUGGCCAAGGAUCGAUUGAAUAUCGCACUGGUUUCCGACUUUUUCUGUCCGAACACUGGUGGUGUCGAGACGCACAUCUACUUCUUGGCGAAAUGUCUGCUAGCACGGGGACACAAGGUUAUCGUCAUCACGCACGCUUAUGGUGAGCGACGUGGGAUAAGAUAUUUGUCGAAUGGCUUGAAAGUAUACUAUCUCCCGUUUUUAAUCGUCUACAAUGGAGCCUCGUUGGGGCAGGGUCCAGCCUCGUUUCCCUGGUUUCGUCAAAUUUUCAUCAGCGAGGAUAUUCAAAUUGUGCACGGGCAUUCGUCUUUCUCAACACUGGCACACGAGGCUUUGAUGCACGCGGGUAUUCUCGGUCUUCACACCGUUUUCACCGAUCAUUCGCUUUUCGGAUUCGCCGAUGCCUCAGCGAUUUUGAUCAAUUUCCUCCUCAUUCAAUACUCGUUUGCCAAUGUGGAUCGUUUCAUUUGCGUGUCGUACACAAGCAAAGAAAACACGGUGCUCCGAGCUCAACUCGAUCCGCAACGCGUUUACACGAUUCCGAAUGCCAUCGAGACGAGUUUCUUCUAUCCGGAUCGGAAGCAAUUCUUUGAAAAUCCGACCACCGUCAUCUUUCUCGGGCGUUUAGCGUAUAGAAAAGGCGCUGAUUUGCUUUGUGAAGUGAUUCCAACGGUCUGCCACCGAUAUCCGAAUGUGCAGUUUCUCAUCGGUGGUGAUGGGCCAAAACGAGUAGAUUUGGAGGAAAUGAGGGAGAAAUAUGGUCUACACGAACGUGUUCGAAUGUUAGGCAUGUUGCCGCAUAAUAGAGUCAGAGAAGUGCUCGUUCAGGGACAGAUUUUCAUCAACACCUCACUGACGGAAGCGUUUUGUAUGAGCAUCGUUGAGGCGGCGAGCUGCGGGUUACACGUUGUGUCGACGAAGGUUGGCGGUGUGCCCGAGGUGUUGCCCGAUGAAUUCGUGAUCCUUGAGCAACCUGUACCAAAACUUCUUGCACGAGCCCUUUGUGAUGCGAUCAAAAUGCGUGAGACCGGUCGAUUGAUGGAUCCAGAUGAGCGACAUAAACGAGUACAAAAGAUGUAUCAAUGGGAAGUGAUAGCCGAACGCACCGAGGUUGUCUACUAUGACGCGAUGCACGAUCACGUCAACACGUGGAGAGAGCGAUUACAAAGAUUACUGAGUCUACAGCGCUGGUGGGGUCUCGUCUGGUGCUGGGGCAAUUUGUUGGGAUUCGCGAUCGCGCUUUUCAUGGAAUGGUGGCAACCAAGAAAGACGUUGAGGGAAACGACAGCAAAAACGAAAACUCAA